AUGCUCGCACUCUUGCUCGCUGCCGAGGCACUCGCACUCGCUGCCUUUCCAUACGCGACAGCGCAAUCUCAUCACUCACCGCAGCCGCACCUGGCUGUCCGCGCCGCCGCUGCUUCCGCGUCCUCUUCCUCUGCGAACUCGUCCUCGCCGCUUGUGCCUGCGGUCUGCACGCCUGACUUGUGUCUCGAGGGACAGAAUGCCCUCACAGCCGGCGUCGUCGUCUCUUCACCCGUCAACGGCUCAACUCAGCAAAUCACCCUCCUGCCCGGCACUUACACGCCUUCUUCGCCCGCCUUCUCGUCCACCAACUCGUCCCUCUCAUCCGCCCUCUUCUCCCGCCGCGCCUCCGCAAGACCCUCGAAUGGGUUCUCCGCCUCCGGAUCGCUCGCGAGCGGGUCGACUUUCACGGUGCAGAUGAUGCAUGGUGUGACGGCGUACUCGAACGCGCUUUAUCAGGGAGAAGCGACGUAUCUCUCCCUACCGACCAACUCGUCCAACUCGUCCAACUCGUCCUCCUCCUCUUUCAAUUCGACCUACUCAACCACCAUCCACUCCCUCCUCUUCUCCCCCUCGACCUCCCUCUCACUCUACACAAUCCUCUCGACCCCCUCCUCUCCCCACCUGAUCCUCUGGUCCUCCCUCCCCGAUUUCUCGCAAACCAAGGCCCUCGCGACGGGCGCGAAAGUGGUGGAUGUGCAGAGUAGUGCGUGUGUGAAGGGGUGUAGGAGCGGAGGGAGGUGCGUGAGUGGGGGGAGGUGUGUGUGCGAGAUUGGGUGGGAGAGGGAGUCGUGCGACACCUGCUCGAAGGGCUUCUUCGGCCCAACUUGCCAGCCCUGUCCCGCCGGCUGUUCGUCCUGCGACGACGGCCUAACAGGCAGCGGCCUCUGUCUCUCCCCGUCUUCCUCUUCCUCCUCCGUCGUCCUUCCCAGCACAUGCAACUGCCUCAACGGCCUCUGCGCCUCAAACUCGACUACGGCUACGUGUGCGUGUAGCGCGGGAUGGACGACAGCGGCGAAUGGGACGCAGUGUGCGGCUUGUGCGGCGGGGUAUUACCUCAGCUCGGGAGGGGAUUGUCUCGCGGGAGCCGGAGCGUGCACAAAGUGUCGCGAACCGAAUGUGUUGAUGCCUGGUGGGAAGGGGUGUGUGGCUGUUGAUUCAAAGACGGGCGUGUGUGAUGCGAGUAAGGUCGGUGGGAGUGGGAAUGCGACGACGAGCGCGGGUGGGUGGGUGUUCGAUAAUGCCAAGGGGGUUUGCGAUGCCCUCCCCGCGAAAUGCCUCGCGGGCGGUAUCAACUCGUUCACCUCCGCUUCUACCCGGGCACAACUCGCGUGCUCGAAGUGUCUGCCGGGGAGUUUCCUCGUUAACGGGGCUUGUGUCGACGAGUGUCCGGCGGGGACGAUGGUCAGUAACGAUGGGACGGGGUGUCAAGCCUGCGACUCGUCCUGCGCUACAUGCGCACACUCGACCUCCUUCUGCACCUCCUGCGCCUCCUCGACCGCCCUCGUACAAAACGGCACCUGCAUCACCGGCCCCUCCUGUCCAGCCGGCUUCUUCUCCUCUCCCUCAUUCCACUCCCCGCUCCUCCCUUCUUCACCGAACACAACCGCAGCGACGUGUCUCCCCUGUCAUCCAGACUGCGCAACUUGCUCCGACACCCCAACGACAUGCCUCACCUGCCCUUCGUCGCGGCCCGUCUUCCUCGCCUCGUCGUCUUCGUGCGUCUCAACCUGCGCGCCAAACGAGUUCUUCGACUCGACGAAAGGGCAGUGCGUGGCGUGCGACCCCUCAUGCGCGAGUUGCGCCUCUGCAGGCGCAGACGGCUGUCUCUCCUGUCCUUCGGGUCAGAAACUCGUCAGCGGGCGAUGCGAAGCGCCGAAGGACGGAUGCGCAGUGAUAGACGAUUUUGGAGUCUGCCUCGAAGACCUCGUCACCGUCGCUCCCCAAUCUCAAUCAGAAGCUGCGCAGGCGAAGUGGAAGAUGCCUUGGUGGGCGAUCCUUGUGUUGUUGAUUUGUGUCGCGGCGUUGGUGGUGGUUGCGGUAUUGGUUUGGAGGAGGAGGGAACAGAGGAGAAGGAGGGAGCAGACGGCGAGGUUUGCGAGAGAUUUAGGGAACAAGGAGGUCGACAAGAAACUCGCCGCCCUACCCAUCUCGAUCGCCUACCCUCCCAUCCCUCGCGCGGCCUCCCCUUCUCCUUCGUCCUUCUCCUACCUCUCCCCCGCGCGUCCUCCUCCCCGCCGCCCUUCUCCACCUCCACCAGUCUACGGCAAAGAGCUCUCCGACGUGCCCCUCACUCCCCGCUUCGUCCUCGAAGACCCAAACUCUCCAAUCUCUCCCACUCCCUCUCGCUCAUCUUACGCUCCUUCCGCCCGUCCACCCUUGAGGUCGGAGCAGAGUCGGUGGUCUGAUUCGUCGAUGGGAACUGGGAGGGUGAGGGAACACAAGACGGGAGAGUCGGCGAGGACUUUUACGACGAAGGCGGGGAAUACGCUUACGAUCCAGAGUAAGAACCCGUAUCUCGGGAGAAUCUAG